UGACAUUAAAUGCGAGAACGCGUUUCGUACUCGCUACGUGAGUUACGAAUACACGCUGAUGCCGUUUGGAUUAACGAACGCCCCCUCGACGUUCCAACUCACCAUGAACGGGGUGUUCCGCGAUCUUCUCGACAAAUGCGUGAUAAUUUACCUGGACGACAUUCUGAUCUACUGCAAGACCCGGGAGCAAUAUUUAAAGGAUUUGGACGCAGUUUUUCAGCGGUUGCAGCAGCAUCGUCUCAUCACAAAGGGCUCCAAGUGCGAGUUUUUAAAACAAGAAUUGGAGUUUCUGGGGCACGUGAUCUCCACGGAGGGGAUCCGGAUAGACCCGAAAAAACUCUAGGCUAUUCAGGAAUGGAGACCACCAACAAAUCUGCAGCAGCUGCAAUCAUUUCUGGGUUUCAUGAAUUACGUGCGGCGGUUUAUACCCAACACGGCGGGGUUAACUGGACCUCUAACCGACCUACUGCAAAGGGGGACUUGCUACGAGUGGGGGGAGAAGCAGUAAGCUGCGUUCGAGGCAUAAAAAAAUCUUUUAAUGUCGCCACCGGUCCUUCGCAUCGCUGACCCGGAACGGCCCUUCGAAGU